GUGAAGAUUGGAACCCAAUUCAGUUUCUUGCUUUGUUGUUUCUUUAGUAGUUUUCGUAGUAUUUUGGGGUUGAUCUCGCCAUCAAAGAAGUCCUCUACUCAAAAACGUUCGAGCAACGUUUCCAAAGUUUGUGUGCAUAGGUUUUAACUAGGAUAUCUGAGUUUAUGUUGAGUUGAUUCUUCUUGAAGGUUAGUCUUUGGAGGGAAGAACUACCAGAUACCACGUUGUCCAAUUGCAUAUUCAAAAAUUUGACAGGUAAUGUUUUGAUCCACACCAACUCAUAUAGACAUAAGGAGCGAAUCAAACUUGACAUAUUAUUGUCGCUAUUCUCUAAUUCAAUUGACUAAAACAAAAUACCAAAUAUACGAUUAAAUACAUUUUUUAUAUUGUUUUUAUUGCGAUCAAUUUUUUCGUCUAACUAAAUCUUACUAACCCCAAAGUUCGAAUAAGAACAAUUUCCAUUCAAAAUUGUUAAACUCAUCUAUUUCUUGUUCAAUAGGCAAAAUCCUAAACUCACCAAACAAAGGCCUCUAAGCUGGACUGCCGGUGUUCGGGUACGGUGUACUUGAACCCGGAAGCGCACCUGAAAUUGGGCGGACAUCAACCCGUAUUCAAACCGACCCGUUUCAGCAUCAGAGGAUUUCUUGCGUGAGGGUUUAAAAUAAAUAUAAAGCUCUCAUCUCUGCCAAAAAUCAGAGAAAAGCAACCAAAACACUCCGAUUCGCUCCAUUCCAGUUCUAGGGUUGCUUUUCUUCGUCCAUCUACAGUCUCUCAGAGCUUCCAUCCGAUUCAGAAUGGUGAGAGCUCGGCGCGUUUCUGACAGAUCUGAGCGCUAUAGCUUCUUCUUCUCUCUCGAUUGGAGCGCCGGUCCGCUGUUGGUUCUCGUUCACCGUCGUUUGAUAUCCUCUUCUCUUAUUUUGUGCGAAUCGCAGGGCAGUAGUGCGAAUUUGGAGGCGACGAUAGAGCAUUUGCAGAAUGCGGAGAAGCAGUCGAGGCUCGCCAGCGAGGUCGCCGCCACGAGGCAGGCCGUCUGGAGCUCUGCUUCCAGGCUAAGGACUGGAAGUCGCUGAACGAUCAGAUAUUGAUCCUCUCGAAGAAGGGCGGUCAACUCAAGCAGGUAAAUUGAGAACUUAGUGGAUUUUAGCUGCUGGCUCGUUGUUUGCACGGAGUAGAGAUUUAGCGGUUGCUUUUAGCUGAAUGCCAGUCUAGGAGCUGGAAAUUUUCCGCAAUUGCUUCAGCUGGAAGGGGAGUUAGCUGUCAUUGGGGUGCCUGCUUAGUUACUGUUACUUAGUUUGGCGUUUCUUAGCUCGUUAGGUCAUAAACUAGGCAUCUCUUAUCCUUUGACUUUGGGCUUCCUGUGAGAUGAAUGUUACCAACUUAAUUCUUAAUAAUCUGGAUGGGAGAUUCGAUGAUGCCGUGAUAGAAGCUAAUCAGAUAUGUUCAUGCUGAGGAUUUUUUGGUGCAAUGAUCUCUCUUGUAUCCACGAGGAUAGCGGUACAUGUUUGGAUCACCAUGUAAAUUCCUGGAUGAAUUGAACUGUCGUUUGGAAUGGAGGGUCCGGUUCAGGGAGAACUGAGUAGAAAGAGCCUGAUUACUUCAAUGAACCUGGAAUUUUAACUCCUUAGUUUUGUGAUUUGAGUAUUUACCUGCUCAUGCUUAAUCUGUUAUCUGAAGUUUCAACACUAAUUACCCCUCGUAGGUUUUAUGGUUGGGAUUUGGAUGGGGAACAACCAGUAUUAUUCCUUAUUUCAUGCGGAACAAGUUUUAUUUUGGAUUCUUGUUGGAUUAGUCUCUGUCUGGAAAUUUUCUAACUGUCGCUUCGGAAAAUCUCUCUCUAUGUGUGUGCCAGCUUAGAUUUGUCAUACCAAUUUAUUGUACUCAAAGGUUUUGGGUAGGACUUUUAGUUAUCAUGGAGGUCGUUGUUGAAACAACUGAUCACCAUGGAGGUCGUUACAUGGACAUCCCUAUGGGAUAGUUACAAGGAAGAAUUUGACAGCGAGAAGAACUUGCUUGGAGGUUCUUUAGUGGAUAAAGCAGCUGAAGACUUGAGGCAAAGAGUAAUUGAACAUAAUAUCCUCGUUGUCUCUAAAUAUUACUCGAGGAUUACCGUCAAGAGAUUGGCCGAGUUGUUAUGCCUCAGCAUUCCUGAAACGGAGAAGCACCUUUCGGAGAUGGUGGUGUCCAAGGCACUGUUAGCCAAGAUUGACAGGCCAAUGGGAGUCGUCAGCUUCCAAGUAGCGAAAGACAGCAAUGACAUCCUCAACUCAUGGGCCUCGAACUUGGAGAAACUGCUCGAUCUCGUCGAGAAGAGCUGCCAUCAAAUCCACAAAGAAACCAUGGUUCACAAAGCCGCCCUGAAAGUCUGAAACAUUAAAACAACCCGCGGCAAAAAUUUCCAGGUACACUUCGUCAGCCUUGUUCUCCUUAGUUUACGCUAAACUCAUUCGUACACUCGUGGUAAUAUAGAACCCGACUACCUACUUCAGCUGACUGAUUUCUUCAGCUUCCGCAGUUUGGCUGCUCCGGGAGCUCGCUCUUAGAAGUCAUCACCUUGAAGAACGUUCUUCCUCCCCUGACCAUGGACGACACGAUUAAUUCAUGCACGGUGGCGUCCUCACUUCCCCAUCUUCCUUGAGUUUGAUUGUCUUCUUUGUUUGGUCAGGAAUGUGUUAGUGAGGGAUUAGCCCAACAAACUGUUGUAUACUUUUCCCGGAUUCGCGCACCUCAGUACGCAGUUUUAGAACGCCACUGGCUAAUGGCACGACUCUAAUUACGCUUGGACUCGUUUGUUAUUAUUUACACCUGCGCACAGUGGAAAGAAUUUCCUUUGAGAAAACCAGACAACUUCCUAUCGCCACUAAACAUACAGACAUGUAUUCUGACUAGAGUAGCUGUGUUAUACAGGGACCUCUUAUGCCAGUGUCUUAUCAAACACUAACAUACAUUCUACAAAGUACAACAACAAGGGGAGAUGUCUUUCUGUUUUGUUUCGUUGAUGCCAUUUUUCGCACAUUGAAUCCAGGCAGUACAAGGAAAGGUGAGUAUCGAGCGGCGGGGCAAUUUUAGCCUCUCCAGCUAUCCUUCAUCUGCCUUAUCUUCCCAAGAGCUUCCACGGGAGAGCUGCACCCAACUUUUGACUGAACAAACCAAGAGGAAAUACCCAAGAGUCACAACAUUGAUAAAAGUUAAGGCGUACAGUUUGUGAAAUGGGGAGGGAAUAGCAUGACAAAGGUGAUUUGGGUGGGGGGAAAAACUGCAACUAAAUUAGUUUGUGACAUCAGUCAGCAACGAUUGAUGCAGUCGAUCUAUCAGAAAGACAAAAGGUUAGCACAAGCAGAACACCUGGACUUCGGGAAGAUCAGCGCGAACAAAUGGAUUUAUUUCCAUCUCUUCCUCAAUGGUUGACGGAAUGGUAGGAUGUCCUGCCUGCCUUUGCUGCUGAGCCCAAGACAACUUUUGCUUUAUCUUCGCAUUCUCGGGCUCAACUGUUUGUGCAAACUGUAAAUUCUUCACUGUGUACUGGAAAGAUGGAACAAAAUAGGGUUCUCACAUUAAAUACAAAAAUGGAACCAGUACCAAGGAUUCAGAAAAGAGACAAUUAAUAUAUAGCAUGCUAACUUGAAGACAUUAUACAAGGGACUUGCAUAAGGUUUCUAAGCAUUCAGUUUUGAGAACAUAUACGAAAGCAUUUUUUUACCACCCUUCAAGGGAAAAAGAAACUUCACAAAAAGAUAACAAACUGAACUAAGGGAGCAGAAUAUGAUAUUUUCAAGCCAGCUGGGAGGACUGAUGAGAAGUCAUGUUUUCUUUGGCUGUCUAUACGCUAAUGAUGCAUCAAUUGCUUGUUUACAGUUAGUGGGGCUACUAGAGUGGUUGCGAACCGAUUACAAUCGCUUAGGACACAGGCUGUCUACAGAAGCGAGAGUUUCUUCCGUUAUAGAAUGGUGAGCGUUCUGUAUAAUGAGGUGCAGGAAAACUAAAGCAAACGGGCAGCCAAUUAAAUUCUCAAAGCAUGUCACAAAUGUCAAGACAAUGAGUAUGAACCGACAUACAUAAACACUAGAGGGCCAAGAAUCGAAGCUACACCAACAAUACGUUCUAUAAAGUCGAACAAGAACUUGUUGCUUUGGUGAGGAGAAGAAGGGAACUUAGGUGAUCACACUCUUUGAGUGGUACUAGCCAAUUGUUUUACUUCUUUCUUCCUUAUAUAGAUGGGUGAGUUUUUGAGAGGGACGAAUAAGCACUUGUGUAAACA